AUGGAUAGAACCACGAUUGAAUCUUGGUCUACUGAAUUAUGGAUGGCAUUAUUUGAAUAUUUCGAUGUUUUGGAAUUAUAUAAUCAAUUUAAUGGACUUAAUUCAAGAAUCGAUCAUAUUAUUCAAUUGACAAACAAUCUCUGUUUAAAAAUAGAUAAAACCAAUCAUAUUCAAUAUCUCGAAAAUAUUAUGCCAUGGAUACGUUGUGAAAAUGUUCAAUCUUUAACAUUUUCGGAUGACUCGAAAAAAUAUCCUGAAACAGAAUUUUUCUUACUUUAUCCACUAGAAAAAUUUACACAACUUCAAUCAUUUAUAUUUCAAGGCUGGAGUCUUCCGUUUCAUAAUCCUCGCGAAGUAAUUGAGCAGCUUCCAAAUUUAACACAAUUGCAAAAACUUGAUGUUGAACUUCAUGAAUUUCCUCAGGACAAUUACGAAGACAAUAAUACACGUCUUAUGGAACUUAUAUUUAACUCCAGCGAUAAUCUACGAAAAUCAUUAAAACAUGUUGUUAUGAACAUGUACAUUGGUGAAAGGACACUUCCUUUAGUCACAUUCUUACCAACAAAUAUUGAAUACUUUCAAGCUAAUGUUAUUGAUCUCGAGCCUUUUCUUGAAUUGAUUCCUUCGUUAGUACCAUGUUGUAAAACGAUUAAAUUCAAUUAUUUAGAAGUGAAUAAUGGUGAGGAAGUGAUGUCAUCAUCAUUAAACGUUCUUAAUUGCUGUACAAAAUUAACUUUAAAAACAAAUUGCUACUUUAAAUCUCAUCAUUUCGAAGUUCUAUUAAGACACUUCCCUGAAGUAAAACGAUUAUUCAUCGACAAUAUAUCUGCUGAUGAUCAAUUAACAACUGAAGAACUUGAAGUUUUAAUAAGAGAUCAUUGGCCAAAAUUACUGCAAUUCGAAUUGAUAUCCCGUAACUAUCUAUACGGAGAUGAUCAUAUUUGGAAAGAAUUUUCUCAGCCAAAAUUUUGGUCGAAAGGAAAUGUCGGAUCUAUAAAUUACCGCACAGGAUGGAAACUUCAAUUCGAUCGAAGUAUAGAUAAUUUCAUAGACUCUUCCUCAGAUGAUGAAUAA